AUGGGGGAUCUGAACCAGGAUCUGCGGGCCCGCAUUGGGGCGACAAAGCUGCUCCUGCAGCAGGUCCCAGCGAGCGCGCGCGUUGCCGCUUCUGAGGUGCACGCGAGCGCGUUCAGAUCGUCUGCGAGCUCGGCGACGGCCGCCCUGAGUUCGACGGAGGCGUCAGACCUGCUGGCGCUCGCAGCGCAAGUGGGCUUCGCUGCAAGCGAUUUGGCCGUAGUGGUCGAGUCGCUGGACGCCGCCGUCAAGAAGAAUGAGAUGAUGAAACGGCAUCCGACGCCGGAUUUCAAAGCGGUUUUCGGCUACUUCACUGAGGCCGAGUGGGGCGACAUGUCGAGCCAGCGGGGGCGGCCGCUAGAAGUCGGGGAGGUCCUCUUCAACCGCGUGGCGGCCUUGGGGGCGAGGGCGCCGUCGGGGGAUGUGAAGCGAAUGCUGUCGGCAUUCCUGAUUCUGCAGACAGCAGACGUGAAAGCGCAAGUCAGCCAGGCCAAGAAGAUCCAGACGUUUGACGCACUCAAGAGCGCCUGGACUGCACGGGUGCGGAGGGCGCAGGGCCCCGUCGAGAUCGUCGAGGCGUCGCCGCCGCCCCCAGCGCAGCGCAAGGGGAGGUACCCCGCGAUCUUCGCCCGACCCUACGCCGACGGGGCGCUGCCAUUGCAGAACAUGGCGAUCAACUUCUCGCAGGGGCUCCAGCGAUAA